ACUCUAUAGUCCCAAAUGGCAAAUCUUAAAUUCUUGUUAUUGCCAUCCUGUUAACCAUUUGACAUUACCGAUUUCCAAAAUUUUCAAUUCUUAUGAAAUUUGACUGUCUCUUAAACUAAACAUUUCAAUAACCAAUCUAAUUAUUAUUUUUACUAUGACUUGAAGAAUGUUCUAGGCUUUUGUGUUAAGUAAAUGGGUGUAUUUGUUAUUUAUUGAACAAACCAUAAUUUCUGAAGACUUCAUUACAACGAAUAUUAAUUAACAAUGGCUGUUGUUAAAACUCCUGUGCUUAAAGUUAUAUUAUGUGGUGAAUAUGGAGUCGGAAAAAGUUCAAUAUUUCGAAGGUUCAUAAAUAAUACAUUUUUACCUAAUGCUGAUAAAAAAUCUACUUUAGGCCUAGAUCACUUUGAGAAGAUGUACCGAGUGGGUGACAAAGAUGUCAAGUUACAGCUUUGGGAUACUGGUGGUAUGGAAAGAAUAGCUUCAGUCACAUCAAGUUAUUAUAAAUAUGCCGAGGCAGCAGUUUUAGUAUUUUCAUUAGAUAAUGCUUCAUCAUUUCAUAUCUUAAGUCAGCAUCUCUUGGAUAUUGUAACAUAUGCUGAAAAUGCUAAGAUAUUUCUGUGUGGUAAUAAAUCUGAUUUAGAAGGAUCAUGCCCACAAGUAACCGAUGCUGAUAUAGAAAAUUUCUGUGAACAGUGCCACAAUUUAAUAAGCAGCACUUACAAAACAUCAUGCAAAAGUGGACAAGGCUUAGAAGAGAUGUUUUUAGAUAUAGCUCAACAAUUAGUUGAAUGUAACCGGUCAAAAAUUGAACUUCAAAGGUUAGAUCACAAUAGCUUCAAGAUAACACACCCAGAACCCCCAGAUGAACCGUCCUGUAGUUGUUAAGGAGCAACUUAUUUACUAUGAUUUAAUAUAAAGCUUGGCUAUAUUAGUCAUACUAAUAUACUCCAUUUAAAAUAUUGUCACUAGUUUGUAUGUAUUUAUCAUUUUUAUAAAGUAGGUGUAUGCUUAUUAUUUCUUAUGAUCAGCAAAUUUUGUAUAACGUAAAGUAUUAGUACGUAACUUGUAUUAUAAACUUAAAUAUUAUAUAGUGUCAAUGUGUAGUAUUUAUUAUAAUUAAAAAUAAGUAGAUUACUCUACAAUGUAGGUUUUCAAUUACAAUUUAAAAGCCUGUUAAUUAGUUAAACUGACAUCAAAGGUUGCUUUGGUUGUUUUGAAAUCUUACAAGUACUAGCUACUUUUGCAUUAUAUAUUUGUAGACUAGGAUCAUUGCUACUAAUACAUAUAUUUUCAGUCUAAUCAGUGAUAGAAAUUCCAGCUACUUCAGUACAAC